AAUCAUUUUGUUUUUAGUAGGAUCCAGAGAGUCACAUCUGAACUUGAAAGGGGACCCAGCAAUCUGUCCUUUAGGAGCAACGAUUCAAAGGACAUUUUUGGUCAUUUUAAAUCUUCUCCUGAUCCAACAACAGAAAGGAUUCAGACAGUCACACCUGGACCUGAAGCUCAGCCCAGAAAUUGGUCCUACAAGAGUAAUGAUUCUAAGGAAAACUGGACUGAUUUUAAAUCUUCUCAGUCAGCAGAGAGGAUUCAGGCAGUCAGACCUGGACCUGAAGCUCAGCCCAGAAAUUGGUCCUACAAGAGUAAUGAUUCUAAGGAAAACUGGAUUGAUUUUAAAUCCUCUCAGUCAGCAGAGAGGAUUCAGGCAGUCAGACCUGGACCUGAAGCUCAGCCCAGAAAUUGGUCCUACAAGAGUAAUGAUUCUAAGGAAAAAUGGAUUGAUUUUAAAUCUUCUCAGUCAGCAGAGAGAGAGGACCACCAGAGUUUAGAUGUGGACAGUGGUUCAUCUUCCCAGCUGCAUCAAUCAGAGCUGGCAUCUAUAUUUAUGUUGCUGGAAGACAGCAUUUUCAACUUCGUGAAGAAGGAGUUGAAUACCAUCCAGAAAGUUUUAAGUCUAGAUAACCCAGAAUGCCCAGAAAGUCUAAGAAAGGAUGAGGAGGUUUUGGAAGGUGAUGAGGAAGAGCAGAUGAGGAGAAGCAGAGAGGCACUGAUGAAGAUCACAGUGAACUUCCUGAGAAGAAUGAAGGAGGAGAAGCUGGCUGACCGUCUGCAGAGCAUAAAUCUCACUGGAGUUUGUCAACGAAAACAUAAAACUGGUCUAAAAAAGAGGUUCCAGUGUGUCUUUGAGGGAAUUGCUAAGGCGGGAAGUCCAACUCUUCUGAACCAGAUCUACACAGAGCUCUACAUGACAGACGGGGGGACUGGAGAGGUCAAUGAUGAACACGAGGUCCGACAGAUUGAAGCAGCAUCCUGGAACCCACAAAGACCAGAAACAACAAUCAGACCAGAAGACAUCUUUAAAGUCCCACCUGGAAGAGAUCAACCAAUCAGAGCAGUGAUGACUAAGGGAGUGGCUGGCAUUGGGAAAACAGUCUUAACCCAGAAGUUCACUCUGGACUGGGCUGAAGGCAAAGCCCACCAGAGCAUCCAGUUCAUAUUUCCAUUCACCUUCAGAGAGCUGAAUGUGCUGAGAGAGAAAAAGUUCAGCUUGGUGGAACUAGUUCAUCACUUCUUUACGGAAACCAAAGAAAUCAGCAGCUUUGAACACCUCCAGGUUCUGUUCAUCUUUGAUGGUCUGGAUGAGAGUCGACUUCCUCUGGACUUCCACAACAAGGAGAUCCUGACUGAUGUUACAGAGUCCACCUCAGUGGAUGUUCUGAUGACAAACCUGAUUAGGGGGAAACUGCUUCCAUCUGCUCUGCUCUGGAUAACCACACGACCUGCAGCAGCCAAUCAGAUCCCUCCUCAGUGUGUUGGCAUGGUGACAGAGGUCAGAGGUUUCACUGGCCCACAGAAGGAGGAGUACUUCAGGAAGAGAUUUGGAGAUGAGCAAGCUUGCAAAAUACUUUCCCAUGUAAAGACAUCACAAAGUCUUUAUAUAAUGUGCCACAUCCCAGUUUUCUGCUGGAUCACUGCUACAGUUUUGGAGGCUGUGAUGAGGAAAAAAGAGGGAGGAGAGCUGCCCAAUACACUAACUCAAAUGUACAUCCACUUCCUGUUGGUUCAGACCAAAAUGAAGAAGGUCAAGUAUGAAGGAGGGGUAGAAACAGAUUCCAACUGGAGUACAGAUGACAGAAAAAUGAUUGAGGCUCUGGCAAAAUUGGCUUUUAAUCAGCUGCAAAAGGGGAACCUGAUCUUCUAUGAAUCAGACUUGAGAGAAUGUGGCAUCGAUAUCAGAGCAGCCUCAGUUUACUCAGGAGUGUUCACACAGAUGUUCAAAGAGGAGAGAGGGCUGCUGCAGGAGAAGGUGUUCUGCUUUGUCCAUCUGAGUGUUCAGGAGUUUCUGGCUGCUCUUCAUGUUCAUCAGACUUUCAUCAACUCAGGUGUCAACCUGAUGGAAGAAAAACAAACAGCUGUGCCAAUAUUAUUCAACAAAUCUAAAACAAAAUUACUGCAUCAUAAUGCUGUAGACCAGGCCUUACAGAGUCCAAAUGGACACCUGGACUUGUUCCUCCGCUUCCUGCUGGGACUUUCAGUCCAAACUAAUCAGAAACUCCUGAAAGGUCUGCUGACUGAAACAGGAAGUAGCUCUCACAACAACCAGAAAACAGUCCAGUAUAUAAAGAACAGGAUUAGUGAGAAUGUGUCUGCAGAGAAAACCAUCAAUCUUCUUCACUGUCUGAAUGAACUGAAUGAUCGAUCCCUGGUAGAGGAAAUCCAACAGUCUCUGGCGUCAGGAAGUCUCUCCCAUGAUAACUUGACUUUUGCUCAGUGGUCUGCUCUGGGGUUCAUCCUGUUAUCCUCUGGAGAAGAUCUGAAUGUGUUUGACCUGAAGAAAUACUCUGCUUCAGAGGAGGUUCUUCUGAGGCUGCUGCCAGUGGUUAAAGCCUCCAACAAAGCUAUACUAAGCAGCUGUAACUUGUCAAAGACAAGCUGUGCAGCUCUGUCUUCAGUGCUCAGGUCCCAGUCCUCCAGUCUUAGAGAACUGGACCUGAAAAACAACAAUCUGAAGGAUUCAGGAGUGAAGCAUCUGUCCGAGGGACUAAAGAGUCCUCACUGCAUACUAGAAAGGAUAAACUUGUCAGGCUGUCUGAUCACGAAGGAUGGAUGUGGUUUUCUAGCUUCAGCACUCAAAUCAAACCCAAACCAUCUUAAAGAAUUGGAUCUGAGCUACAAUCAUCCAGGUCAAGCAGGAGUAGAAAUGCUUUCGGCUGGACUGAGAGAUCCUCACUGCAGACUUGAAAUUCUCAGAUCAGAGCCUGCUGGUGAACGAUAUUUAAAACCAGGUCUAUGGAGGGAUGCAUGUGAGCUGACAUUUGACCCAGAAACAUUACAUCCAGACUUCCAACUAUCCGAUGACAACAAGAGGGCGACACAUGUGGAGGAAGCUAGCUCAUGUUCUGAUCAUGUAGCCAGAUUAAGCGUUCCUCAGCUGCUGUGUUGCAAAGCUCUGACAGGUCGCUGUUACUGGGAGGUUGAGUGGAGAGGAAGAAUCGAGAUAACAUUGAGUUACAGAAUAUUCAAAAGGAGAGCUCAGAGUAAGGAUCCUCAGUCAAGAAAUACUGAUGAAUCCUGGUGUCUGAGCUGCUGUGAUGAGGGUUACACUAUCUCUCAUUAUAAGAGCAGGAAACUCCUUUCCACAAUGUCCCCUCCCUCCUCCGUCUCUAACAGAGUUGCAGUGCAUGUGGACUGUCCUGCUGGUAUUCUGUCCUUCUACAGAGUCUCCUCUGGCUCGCUGAUCAACCUUCACACCUUCAACACUACGUUUACUGAUACUCUUUACGCUGGAUUUACAAUCUCACCUGGUUCCUCAGUGUUGCUGUGUUGAGACUUCAGAACAUCUUUCAUUGUGCUUCUUUAUCCUGUAAAUAUGUGUUAAUUUAAUUCAGGCAAUUAUUUUCAGACCGAUGGAUUUAUUGGGUCUUUGAAACUCUUCUAAAUAACUCUCCAUUGUCUAGUCCUUUAAAGAUAAAAGAUCCUAGAAUUAAAUUAUUCUAGGAUCUAGAUGUCAUCUUUUUCUAAAGCUCUACUUUUUAACAGAGAGCAGGUCAUCUUCCUCCUUAGAAAAGUUUUUUGCUGACAGAUAAGACACUGAUCUCAGAAAUUAAUUUUAUUUAAAAAAGUUAUCAUAUUUGAUCACUUAAACAGAUAAAUAAAAUUAGAAUUAUGCUACUUUACAUCAUGAAAUUCUUUCUUUCUGUAGUAUCUCGCCAAACAAACUCAAUAGCCUAUGAGUUGAUUUUUUUCAGAUUCAAAUACUGAGGUGUCAAAAGUAUUAAUAAAUAUUACUCAAGUAGAAGUAAAAAUCCUGCUGUUUAAAAA